AUGGUCCGGGCCAUCCCCUCCCUUGUCUGGCCUUGCAUGGGGCCUGGGGCCGCCCCGCCUCCUGGUUCACCAUCACUAGCUGAGCCCAGGGCCUUCGGCUUCCUUCUGCACCUGCAGCGGCAGCCGCCCUCUGAGAACUCACGGGGGACACGCGGGCCCGGCCACGGCCCAGAGCAGCGCACUCCCGCCUGUUGGGCGACGUCGCCCUGUCCCGCGGCGCUCACACGGCUGAUGAUGCCCGGCAGGGCCGACGACAGACGCAGGCGACACCCGGGGUUUCGCUUUGACCCGCGGUGGCGGCGGGCGGCGGGGGCCUCACCCGGCCGGGAGGCGGGGCCGGAGCCGCACAGCGCCCGCAGCGGGAGCCGCCAGGGGCCCGUGUCCAGCCCGGCGGGGGCGGGGGGGGGGACUCUGGGGGGGACCCCGGGAAACAAGCCCCGGCAACGCUCCGGGGCCCGCGGCUUGGCGGAACACCUCGGCGGACCCGAGAGCCCCGGAGAGCCGCGGAGAGCCGCGGGGAACCCCGAGAACCCCGGAGAGGCCCGGAGAACCCCGGGGAACCCCGGAGAGCCCAGAGAACCCCGAGAACCGCGGAGAACCGCGGAGAACCGCGGAGAGCCCCGGAGAGCCUCGGAGAGCCCGGAGUACCCAGAGAACCCCGAGAACCCUGGAGAGGCCCGGAGAACCCCGGGGAACCCCGGAGAGUCCCAGAGAAACCCGGAGAGCUCAGAGAACCCCAAGAACCCCGGAGAGCCCAGAGAGCCCCGGAGAGCUCGGAGAGCCCGGAGAACCCAGAGAACCCCGGAGAGCCCCGGAGAGUCCCAGAGAACCCGGAGAACCCCAGAGAGCCCUGGAGAUCCCCAGAGAGUCCGGAGAACCCCAGAGAACCCCAGAGAGCCAGAGAACCCCAGAGAGCCCAGAGAACCCCAAGAACCCCGGAGAGCCCAGAGAGCCCCGAGAACCCCGGAGAGCCCCGGAGAGUCCCAGAGAACCCGGAGAACCCCAGAGAGCCCCGGUGAGCCCGGAGAACCCUGGAGAAACCCGGAGAACCCCGGAGAGCCAGAGAACCCUGGAGAGUCCCAGAGAGCCCAGAGAGCCCCGGAGAGCCCAGAGAACCCUGAGAACCCUGGAGAGCCCAGAGAACCCCAGAGAACCCAGAGAACCCCAAGAACCUGGGAGAACCCCGGAGAAGCCCCGGAGAGUCCCGGAGAGCCCAGAGAACCCCAGAGAGCCCCGGAGAGCCCAGAGAACCCCAAGAACCCCGAGAUCCCUGAAGAACCUGGAGAGCCCCCAGAGAGCUCCCAGAGAACCCGGAGAAGCCCAGAGAGCCCAGGAGAGCCCCGGAGAACCACGAAGAGUCCCGGAGAUCCACGGAGAGCGCGGGAGAUCCGCCCCAUAGAACCCGGAGAGCCCCCAGAGAACCCCGGGGAACCCCCGAGAGCCCCGGAGGACCCUGGAGAGCCCCGGAGAGCCCCGGAGAGCCCCGGAGAGCCCGGCCCGCGCCUCGGCGUCGUCGGGGCCGAAGCGGACAGCCUGUCAGAAACGUGA